AUGGAUAGGUUCCUUCAGGACCCAGAGAGCGAUAAGCUCUUGAGUGAGCACAACCGGGCUCUCGAAGCUGCCGAGGCCGUCAAGGGCAUGCAAUUCAACCCAGUGACAACACCAGAUGAACUCUUGCAGAAAUUCAAGUUUCAGCAAAAGACGAACAAAGAGAAAUCACGCAGCCGAGAGAGCGCCAGCUCGGUGGAUAUCUCUUUUGCCCAACCCAUCUAUCCACCGUGUCUCGCUCCCUUGAAAGGUCUGAGAAAGGCCAUGGUCAAGGAUUUGCUUCUUGAAACUCACCAUAGAGGCUCUUACAUUCUCGUCAGAUCAAUCUCCCAGGUAGAGAAGAUGACUACGGUUAUGGCCAUUGUGGAAGACGAACAGAAGGAUGCGAUCCCGCUUCAAAUGUUGAACGAGAAGCUCCGCUGCCAGGAUGGCUCUGUUGACAAAGGGCAAAUUUUGCUUGUGAAGGAGCCAUACCUGACUUUGACGUUCCAUGGCGAAUACGGCAUCAGAGUUGAUCACGUUUCUGAUAUCAUGUUCAUUCCAAUUUUCGACAAGAUGGUCCCAUCGGCUUGGCGAGAGCGGCUUCCAGAGGAUGAAACCUCUCACUGGAUGGCCGGGGAUUGGCUAAGCAUGGGUAACGAGCAUCUCAACCGAGGCAAAUUAUAUUCCGCUACUGAAUAUUACUCCAAAGGAUUGAAGUGUUCGCCGACAGAGGAAGAGAUGCAUUACCUUCUGUACUACCGGGGCCUGGCCUUCUUCCAGGUCAAUGAGUGGGAUGCAUCUCUGCGUGAUCUCGAUGCCGUUCCAGCAGGCCCGAAAUCCGACAAAGCCCUUAGAGGCAAAGCCCAAACCCUAUACCGUCUAAGAAGGUUCCGGGAAAGCUGCGAUGUAUUCACGAAACUUUGCAAGAAAUACCCUGAAGAUGUGAGCGCCAAGAACGAUUUCCGUGAAGCUAUCGCAAGACUUGCAGAGCAAAAGAAGGGCGGAUAUAACUUCAAGAAAAUGCAGGAGAAAGCAUCGAAAACUUACCCGCCACUUUUGGACCAUGCGACAUGGAUUGGCCCAGUGACAGUCCGGCAGACCAAGUCCCAAGGACGAGGCCUAUUUACAACUGAGGCAGUCAAGGUCGGUGAUUUACUUCUCUGCGAAAAGGCCUUUGCAUAUGCAAGCGAGCACCCUAGCAGGCCAAGGUGGAGUAGCGCCCUCCAUGUCAACACCGAAACGCGGACGACCACCCGAGGAGGCCAAUUCGCGCUGGCAUCAUCGAUCAUCGAAAAACUGUACAAGAACCAAUCAUCAGCAUCAGUGGUAACCAAGCUCCACAACAACGGAUUCAAGGAGGUCUCAACAGGCCCUGUGGAUGGAAAGCCAGUGGUAGACACAUUUCAAAUCGCCUGCAUAGUCUCUCUCAACAGCUUCGGCAGCCCAACUUCCUCAAGAGGUGACCACAUCCAUGACGCGCGCGAUGCAAGCGGGGGCCCCGAAACGCUGCACAACUGCGGCAUCUGGCCCUACGCCUCAAUGAUCAACCACUCGUGUAUGAGCAACGCACACCGCGCCUUCAUCGGCGAUAUGAUGAUCAUCCGCGCAGCUACCGAUAUCCCCGCAAACACGGAGCUGAAAAUCUGGUACCUCGUCCCCGCCCCCGAAAACUAUUCAACGGACUUCCGCCACUGGGGCUUUGAGUGCUGCUGCGUCAUUUGCGCCGACGUCAAGGCGACUGAGCCCCGCGUUCUCAAGACACGGGUCAGACAGCGCGCGGAGAUCGCCAUGGCACUGGAAUGUAAGAACCGCGGACGCGCUGAGACGCUCAUUGAGCGUCUGGCUGAGACAUAUUCGCGCCCGCUCGAGCAGGUGCUGCAUCUAGGACUGUGGGAGCCGCUUGCUUUGAUUGCUGGGGUUUAUGACAGCCUGAAGCAGCAGGGUGAAGCUAGGGAGGCUGUCAGCCGGGGUCUUGCGGCGAUUGGAUUUGUGCUUGAGGGAGGUGUGAAUGGGCCACUUGUUGUUAAAAAAUGGGGACUCGCCAUGGAUAAACUUGUUGUUGCGUGGAUGAUUCUUAGCAAGUCUCUGCUUGAGAUCGCACCAGAGAGUGCGUUGCAAGCGGAACGGUAUGCUCGCCUGGCUUACUUGGUUUUUGUCGGGGAGGAGGCAAGUUUUGAUGCAACCUAUGGAAUGAGUUUGAAGGUGGCUGAGCCUCGUUCUGAGGAAGUCUAA